AUGGCAACAACAACGACGAUGCGAAUGAACGAAGAAACCAAGACAAUGGAGGAAAGUAAAGAGGACCUGCCAGAGUGGGUCCGAUCGCUGCAAAAUGGAGCGAUCCGGGAACAGUGGCCACCACGAGCCCAUGACAUUGAUUGGGAAAAGCCAACCAACGAAGUGUACCAUGAUCCACUCUUCAAGGACUUUUCGCCCGAAUUCAAGGCGGCCCGAGAAAAGUUGGAUUAUAGUUAUCAUCGAAAUCCGGCCAAAUCUCGACAGGAAUUGCAAGAUGUCAUUUUGGCCCGUGUGGUACAAGCUGCACUGCAAGCCAAUCAACAGCAUCCACAAGAAGAAUCCAAGGAAGAAGUCAAGGAGGUGCUCCCGGAAGAACCCGGUCGCCGACCUUGGAUUGUCUUUUCCGCUGGACCCAUGGGAGUGGGAAAAGGUUAUGUAAUGGCUACUUUGAAUGAACGAGGAUUGUUUCCACUGGAUCGAUUCCUCAAGAUUGACCCUGAUCUCUUGAAAACGGAACUGCCCGAAAUGCCGGGAUACUUGCGACAAGAUCCAGCAUCGGCGGCCACCAAAGUUCAUCGAGAAUCCACCCAAAUGGCCGAUGUGCUCUUGGAACAUGCCCUCCAAAAACGCAUCCCCACGCUGGUGGAUGGAUCUCUGCGGGAUGUCGAAUACUAUCGAUCUUUCAUGGAACGCGUCCGACGAGAAUUUCCAGAGUAUCAAUUGGCCAUUUUGCACGUCACGGCGGCACCCGACAUUAUUCGAGCCAGGGCACAAUCCCGAGCGGAAAAAACAGGACGAGCCGUUCCCGAAGCAUUACUCACGGCCAGCAUUGAACAGGUACCCGCGUCGGUGGAAGCAUUGUCACCUCAUGUCGAUGUGGUUUUUACCAUUUCCAAUGAAGAAGAUCAACCUUUGAAGCUUUUGAGUCGAGAAGAAACUGCUGCAAAGAAGACGGAAAAGAAAGAGUGCAAGAUUUUGGGGAGCCUCUGCGCUCCCAAAACCGACACGAGUACUUCCUGGAAAGACUUUCGACAAACGUGGUGGACGACAUUGAAUGGAAACGAAAAGAAAGUGUGCCGAUUCAUGCCCAAGUGGUGCGAAAAGCAGUGUCCUGGCAUGUCCGAAUUCAAGACGUGUUGGAUGAACAGCGCCUGUAUCAAGUCUGCCAAAGCGGUUUAUUCGUCAGCCUAUCCAUCGUUUUGCCCAGGAUGCACCAUGGCUGGUGGACUUUGUGGAAUGUGCAUACAUGACAAGCACUGGUGCCAAUGUAAAGAGUGUGGGCCCGAGUCUGCUGCCAUGAAAAUGAAGAAAAAGGAAUGCUCCUUGACAACUUCAAUGAAUUCGUUGUUCGGGGGAAAGAAGAAACACGGACAGCCCGCAUGA